UCACUUACCCCGCUGUCCAAACAGCUGUCUCCCCUCCCAUUACGAAAGUGUUGGAUUUCAGUCAAGGGCUGGCCUAUGGGGCUGGCUGCAGACUGCCGAAUAGUCAGCCAUGUUGUUUUUGUGACAGAGCUAUCAGCAACAGGUACAGUUGGAAAUCCAUCAUAUUCCGCCCGAAAUAUUUCUCUCUGGACUGUAUAUUCAUCUAACGAUUACUGGAGGCACAGGCGGAGGAAAGGAUCGUCUAAACCGAAGCCUUUCGGAAUCAUUUAGCAGCGCAUUUAUGUCUUUUUCGGCUGUUCGGAGAAAUGACAGUCAGCUAGCCUGCUGAGGAGAGGAUUGGGAGAGAUCAUCCUGUAUCCCCGCCCCCCGAUUCUAUAUGACCUGCAGUCAUGAACGGUGGUCGAGGUAUGUGGGCCAUCACUCCAGAGGAGAGGGAGAAACAUGACAAGCAGUUUGACACCCUCUACCCCUCCCUGGGGUACAUCUCAGGGGACCAGGCCCGUAAGUUCUUCCUCCAGUCUGGACUGCCCUCCGCAAUGCUGGCCGACAUCUGGGCUCUGGCUGACAUGAAUAAGGAUGGCAAGAUGGACCGGCUGGAGUUCUCUAUCGCCAUGAAGCUGAUUAAGCUGAAGCUUCAGGGGCAGAACCUGCCCAGCGCCCUGCCCAUCAUCAUGAAACAGCCCCCCAUACCGGUGCCCUCUGCAAACCACCCCACACGCAUGGGAAUGGGCUCCAUGCAGGCGCCCACUAUGAUGCCAAUCAUGACUCCUAUGGGCAUGGGGGCACCGAUGAGCUCCAUGGGGCCCAUGGCUGGCAUCACGCCCAUGGCUGGCAUCACGCCCAUGGUGCCCACAGGGAUGGGCAUGCCCCUCAUGCCCACCAUGGGCAGCGCAGCCCUGCCCAACGGCUCCGUGGGUCUCCUGCAUCCCACGCCAGUCACACUUACUGGGGGCCUAGGUCUCCCUGGCUCCUUCUCCUCCUCCCCCUUGGGUUUCUCCAGCGCUCCCAUGAACAGGACGUCAUCUCUGCUAGACCUCUCCAGCAGCUCCAACUCGUCCUCCACCACGUCUCUGGCGAGCAUCUCCCCGAAGAUGGGCCCCUCCGACUGGGCUGUGUCCCACGCCUCCAGGCUCAAGUACAGGCAGCAGUUCAACAGCCUGGACAAGCAGAUGACGGGGCACCUCACGGGCCAGCAGGUGAGGAAUGUCCUGUCUGCAACCAUGCUCUCUCAGAACCAGCUGGCCAGCAUCUGGAAUCUGGCCGACGUCGACAAGGAUGGCAAACUGCGAGCGGAGGAGUUCAUCCUGGCCAUGCACCUGGUGGAUACGGCCAAGAUGGGGCAGCCGCUGCCCCUCACCCUGCCCACAGACCUGGUCCCGCCCACCUUCAAGGGUAAAUUGGGCGACUCUUUGAAUGGGAAUGCCUCCUCCUUCUAUGCUGACCUGGCUGACGACUUUGAGAUUGAGCCGCCUCAGAAGACCAGGAGUAACUUGACGUUCGAGGACAAGUUCAAGCAGAACCUGGAGCGGGGCAACGCGGAGCUGGAGAAGCGUCGGCUGGCCCUCCUGGAGCAGCAGCGGCGGGAGCAGGAGCGUCUGGCCCAGAAGGCCCGCCAGGAGCAGGAGCGGCGCGACAGGGAGGCGCGCGAGGUGGAGCUCAGGAGGAGGCGCGAGGAGGAGCAGAGGCUGGAGCGGCAGCGGGAGAUAGAGAGGCAGAAGGAGGAGGAGCGCCUCAAGGAGCUGGAACGCAUGGAGGCGGCCCAGAAGGAGCUGGAGCUCCAGAGGAAGCUGGAGUGGGAUCGGAGGAAGAAACAGGAAAUGCAGAGCAGGAAGGGUGACGAGCAGGAAGACGUGAUCCGCCUCCGAGCCAAGAAGAGGAGUCUGGAGAUGGAGCUGGAGGCUGUGGGGAACAAGCACAAGCAGAUCUCUGAGCGUUUGCGGGACGCCCAGGGCAGGAAGAGCAUCCACAGGGCCGAGCUGGAGACGGUCAACCAGAGGAGGGAUGGACGCAUCGUGGAGAUCAACUCCCUACAGAUGCAGUUCGAGGACUUUCAGAGGAAGCUGGCCCAGUUGGUUCCGGAACAACAGAAACUGAACGACAAGCUGCGGGUCAUCAGGUCAAACACACAACCUGCAGCCAUGACGACACUACAGAGCACCGUAUCGGAGAAAGACGUCGCCUGUCGAAAGCUGAAGGAACAACUGGAUGCCCUAGAGGAAGAGACCGCCGCUAGGCUAGCAGACAUGGACCAGUAUAAGACCGACAUCAUGGAACUAAGAGACAGUCAGAGGAAACAGCAAGCCACGCUGGACAAACUGCGCAGCACCAAAGAGGACAAACUCCGAGAGCUGAAGAAACACAAGAAAGAGGAGCUGGAGAAGAAGAGGAGAGAGGAGGAGGAGGAUAGGAGGCGUGUCCAGGCGGAGCGGGAGGAGAAGCUGAGACGCGAGGAGGAGGAUAGGCAGAGAAGGCUACGGGAGGAGCGGGAGAGAGCUGAACGAGAGCGCCGGGACAAGGAAGAGGAGGAGGAGAGGAUGAGGAAGGAGCAGGACGAGAAGAGAGAGCAGGAACGCAGGAGGCGCGAGGAGGAGAGGAGGAGACAGGAAGAGGAGGAGAGGAAAAAACGAGAAGAGGAGAGGAGGAUUGCAGUGGAGGACAGCAAGAAACGAGAGGAGGAGAGGAAGAAGGCGGAGGAGGAGAGGAAACGGUUGGAGGAUGAGAGGAAAAAGCUUGAGGAGGAGAGGAGGAAAUUGGAGGAGGAGAGGAGGAGGAAAACAGAGGAGGACCGGCGACGGGAGGAGAGGCAGCGGAAAGAGGAGGAGCGGCGGAGGGAGGAGGAGAGGAGGAGGGAGGAGGAGAGACAGAGGGAGAAAGAGGAAGAGGACCGCAGGAAGCUGCGAGCGCAGGAGGCCGCCAAGAGAGACGGAGACGACCGAAAGAGGCAGGAGGAGGAGAAGAAAAGACUGGAGGAGGAGAGGAGGAAGGAGGAGGAGAGGAGGGCGCAGGAGCGCCGGCGACAGGAGGAGGAGGAGAGAAAGAGGAAGCAGCAGGAGGAAGAGGCUGCGACCAGGAAGAGAGAAGAGCAGCAGCAGCAGCAGCCGCAUAAUGCAAAGACAGACAUCCACGAGAAACUCACUGCUCUGCUCAGAGGUCUAGAGGAGAGGAAAGGGGGGCGUCAGCCUCAGGGCACCCAGCACAGGAAGUCUGCCGCUCUCACCACCUUCAAGGCCCUCUACCCGUUUGCUGCCCGCAACGAGGACGAGCUCUCCUUCGAGGCCGAGGAUCUCAUAGAGGUGGACGAGAGCGUGGAGCGGGAGCAGGGCUGGCUGUAUGGCUGUCGCCAGGGGAAGAUGGGCUGGUUUCCUGAGAGCUACGUGGAGAGGCACACUAGGCCUGAGGCCGCCCCACCACUUAAGAUAGCUCUCAAACCACAGCUGUCAAACUCCAUCUCUAGCAAGCCAGGUGAGACCUCUGCCUUCACCGCCACAGUCGGCCCAAGCUCCGCCUCCUCAGACCACAGCCAGGUGGUGGGCAACGUCCAGGCCCAGGCGCUGUGCUCGUGGACGGCGAAGACGGACAACCACCUGAACUUCUCCAAGGACGACAUGAUCACGGUCCUGGAGCAGCAGGACAGCUGGUGGCUGGGGGCGCUCAACGGGGUGCAGGGCUGGUUCCCCAAGUCCUACGUCACCGUGCUGAGCUCAGCCGACGCCCACGCAGACGGUGGUGACGGAGCCGACGCCUCAGACGGUUCUCCACAGCAAGAGUGCGUGGCUUUGUACACUUACGAGAGCCCCGAGCCCGGCGACCUGACGUUCAGCGCGGGCGACACCAUCCUGGUGACGGAGCGGGAGGGAGAGUGGUGGAGGGGCUGCAUCGGCGACCGCUACGGACUCUUCCCCUUCAACUACGUCAAGCCUAAAGAGGCCGAUACCUCCAGCAUCUCAGGGAAAUCAGGAAUGUCUAAGAAGCCAGACAUCGCCCAGGUGACCACCGCCUACUCGACGGGCCGGGCGGAGCAGCUGACCCUCGCCCCCGGCCAGCUCAUCCUCAUCCUCACCAGGACCCCCACCGGCUGGUGGCUGGGAGAGCUACAGGCGAGGGGGAAGAAGAGGCAGAAAGGCUGGUUCCCUGCGUCUCACGUCAAGCUGCUGGGCUCCAACAGUGGCAAGUCCACCCCUGCGCCCACCAUAGUGUGCCAGGUCAUCGCUAUGUACGAGUACACGGCCGCCAACAAGGACGAGCUGAGCUUCCCCAAGAGCCAGCUCAUCAGCGUGCUGGACAAGAGCGACCCCGAUUGGUGGAAAGGCGAGAUCAAUGGGGUCACGGGUCUGUUCCCUACCAACUAUGUGAAGAUGACCACUGCAGAGACUGACCCCAGUCAGCAGUGGUGUGCGGACCUGACCAGCCUGGACACCCUGAGCCCUCAGGAGAGAAAGAGGCAGGGCUACAUUCAUGAGCUCAUCGAGACUGAGCAGAAAUAUGUGGACGAUCUGCAGCUGGUUCUGGAGGUCUUCCACAAGCCCAUGACUGAGUCUGGUCGUCUGGCGGAGCAGGAGAUGGGGAUGAUCUUCGUCAACUGGAGAGAGCUCAUCACAUGCAACCACAAGUUUCUCAAGGCCCUGCGCGUGCGGAAGAAGACGGGGGGUGAUAACAUGCCGGCGAUGAUCGGAGACAUCCUGGCGGCGGAGCUGUCCCACAUGCAGGCCUACAUCCGCUUCUGCAGCUGCCAGCUGAACGGCGCCGCCCUGCUGCAGAUCAAGACCGACCAGGAGCCCGACUUCAAGGACUUCCUGAAGAAAAUCGCCACAGAUUAUCGAUGCAAAGGGAUGCCGUUGUCCAGCUUCCUCCUGAAACCCAUGCAGAGGAUCACCCGCUACCCGCUCCACAUCAAAAACAUCCUGGAGAGCACGCCGGACUCUCACCCAGACCAGGGGCCUCUGCGCGAGGCUCUGGAGAAGGCGGAGGAACUGUGCUCACAGGUCAACGAGGGCGUCCGGGAGAAGGAGAACUCGGACCGCCUGGAGUGGAUCCAGAACCAUGUGCAGAGUGAAGGCAUCCUAGAGAACCUGGUCUUCAACUCACUGACUAACUGCCUGGGUCCGCGGCGACUGCUGCACAGCGGGAAGCUGUACAAAACCAAGAGCAACAAGGAGCUGUACGCCUUCCUGUUCACCGACUUCCUGCUGCUCACCCACACCGCCAAGCAGUUCUCCUCCUCCGGCGCCGACCGGCUCUUCAGUCCCAAGAGCAACACGCAGUUCAAGAUGUACAAGUCGCCGGUGUUUCUCAACGAGGUCCUGGUGAAGAUGCCCUCUGACCCCUCGAGCGAUGAGCCCGUCUUCCACAUCUCCCACAUAGACCGCGUUUACACCCUCAAGACCGAGAACAUCAAUGAGAGAACUGCCUGGGUCCAGAAGAUCAAGGCUGCGUCAGAGCAGUUUAUCGAGACCGAGAAGAAGAAGAGGGAAAAGGCAUACCAAGCUCGUUCAGUGAAGGCCAGUGGGAUUGGCCGUCUGCUUGUGACCAUCCAGGAAGCUACCGAGCUCAAAUCCUCCAAGCCCAACGGAAAGAGUAACCCUUACUGUGAGGUUACCAUGGGAGCACAGGGCUACACCUCCAGAACCCUUAACGACACCGUUAACCCCAAAUGGAGCUUCAACUGCCAGUUUCACAUCAAGGACGUGUAUCAGGAUGUCUUGUGCAUCACCAUCUUUGAAAGGGAGCAGUUUACUCCUGAUGAUUUCCUAGGUCGGACCGAGGUUCCCGUGGCAACCAUAAAGAAGGAGUUGGAGAACAAGGGCCCGGCGAUAAGACGGCUGCUCCUGCACGAGGUGCCCACCGGGGAGGUGUGGGUUCGCCUCGACCUGCAGCUGUUCGAUCACAAGGCGCACAAAUGAGACACACACACUCACACACUUACACACUCACACACUCACUCACACACACACUCACUCACAACACACACUUACUCACACACUCACACACUCACUCACUCACACACUUACUCACACACACACACUCACUCGCACACUCACUCACUCACUCACACACACACACACACACACACACUCACACUCACAUCACUAGUACUACUGAAUCCCCCAGAUCUUCCACACAUUGCCUAGCCUUACAGAGCGAGAGAGAGAGAGAGAGAGAGAGAGAGAGAGAGGCAGGAGGCCCUUAACUACUGCGGAGAACACUACUGGAUGGAUGGAUGGAUGGAUGCAUGGAUAGAUAGAUAGAUAGAUAGAUAGAUGGAUGGAUGAAUUCCUGUCUUUCAGCUAUGAUGCUGAGGGCCUGUGCACUCUGUUGAUACAGACAUGUGACUGUUACCAAGUGUGGUAAAUGGUAGCCAUUUUAGUUUAGUUGUUAUUAUUAUUAUUAUUAUGUUUGGCUCCUAAAGUGCUAUAAGGUGUCGCCACGGGGAUAGUUUACCACUGGAUCUGGAAAUAUCUCAGGAUUUCUGCAGCUGUUCCUCCUUCCCUCUCUGUCUGAGUUCUUUGUCUUUAUGUGCCUCUCUCCUGUGCCUGUUUGGACUGGAAAGGAUGUUUUUGUUUGUAGACAGGAAGCUGAUUUAGUUGUAACACUAUGUGGCAUUGGGGGUUUUAAAUGUGUUAUUGGCUGCUUGAUUGCUGCUUUUUUCUGUGUGUUUGUUUUUGUUUUUUAACUCCAUCUGCAACACUCUGUCUUUACACACGCCACAUCACCAUGCGUUCACUCCCAGAAAUAGAUUACCCAGCGAAUACAGUGGAAUGUUCCGGGAGGCUUCAGUGUCACCUUCUCCCAUCCCAUGAUUUUCAGCGGACAUGUUUGCCAGACGCUUCUUGUCGGAUUUGAUUUUACUCUCGGUACAUAAGAAGAGGUGAUGACCAAUUCAAGACUUGUCAUCAGUCAGAUCACUGGACUCAUGUGCUGGGCUGAGUUUUUUAUUUAUUUUUAAUUUAUGCGAUUUUGACUAUCAGCGGGUUUUAAACUGCCCUAUCACAAUAGGGAUCGCCUUUCCAGAGGAUAAAUGGCUGUGGUUGCUGAAUGAUGUGGCCCAGAUGUGGCCCAGAUGUGGCGCGGCCCUCGUCCGGGUCUGUGCCAGAGUCUGAUGGUUUGUGAGAUUUAAGGUCUAACCGUUCUAGAUCUCAAUUCAGUGCCUGUGAAUGAUUGAUGAAGUAGAGUGGAAUUUUCUUUUUCUGUAGAUGACCAAGUCCCUUAAAGAGCGUAAAUAUUACUGCAUGAAUAUUAUUAAACGCAAUUCUUUGUGUUUAUAUUCCUUUGACCCUUAAUGCCAUGUGCUGUAUGUGAGAUAUUUUAUUGUUUUCCUUUUUAAAGGUGGUAAACCUGUCUUGAUUGUAGGCCAGCCACUGUGCUGAGAUGAUGGGUUGGUUGGGCAGCAGUGUCUGCUUGUUGAGGUGAGAGUGCCCGCAUCAAGUGGGACACGACUGGGCUUCUAGCAAAAAUAAAAUUAUUAUAAACAUU